CGUGCAGGUCCUUCUGCAACUUCUGGGGCCGCUUUCGAUGGCGGCAGCCGCUCUUAAAGUACGAAAAGUUGCACGUGGCAAGAGCUGCGAUCCUCUGCCCGUUUAUCUCAGAAGGAGGCCAGUCCUUGAGCUCAGGGUCUGCUUAGGAGCCGUGUGAAGGAACCGCUGUUGCAACACCGGAAGCUGGGCAAGAUGUCGGGAGUGUUGAGCACGACGCUGAGCAGCCUCAACAGCGACUCGUACUGCGAGUUCAGCAUGUAUCGGGACCAGCACUUCCAGGGAAGUCGUUACCUGCAAGAAAAGUCCCUGAAAAACUCCUGCACACUUUAUGUGGGCAACCUCUCUUUCUACACCACAGAGGAACAAAUUCAUGAGCUCUUCUCCAAGUGUGGGGAUGUCAAGCGCAUAGUCAUGGGGCUAGACAAAGUGAAGAAAACCCCCUGCGGCUUCUGCUUUGUGGAAUACUACACGAGAGCAGAAGCAGAGCAUUCUAUGCGGUUCAUCAAUGGAACCCGUCUGGACGACCGCAUCAUCCGAACAGACUGGGAUGCUGGGUUUAAGGAAGGGCGGCAGUAUGGCCGUGGGAAAACAGGUGGCCAGGUACGAGAUGAGUACCGAACAGACUACGAUGUGGGCAGAGGGGGCUUUGGCAAGAUUAUUCAGCAGCAGAAGACAAAUCAGCAGUCAGUGAUCUACUAACGGCUUUUUGGGAAGUGAGAGCUGGUAAAGAUAAUAAAAAAUAAUUAAAAAGGGGGGGGAGCUAUGUGAAAAUGCAGCGAUCACAUUGCUAUGCGCAAGGAGGCUAGGAAAAGAGAAAGCUUCAAGAAACCAUGCACACAAAGCAGAGAGUCUAGCACCAUAACUCGGGAAAGAAAGAGGAACAACAUCUUGCUAGUGACUUCAAUAGUUCUUAACUUUCUGUCAAUGCACUUGCUGUGGGUAUUUCUCCUUCCCAUGAAGAUUAACUUUACAGGCAUCCUGUUCAUUUACUUUGAAGUAAACACAGUAAGAUUUAUUCCCACCUGCUAAGUAAAUACUUUCACAACUCUAGUUCUCUUAUUCCCUACAACUGCUGUGCAGAGCUGCUAGUGAAGUGGCUGAUUCCAUACCGUUGAUGAACUCUAUCCUUGCCUCAGAUAUUCCUUGUUGAAUGUAUGAUACACUUUUCAGGGAAGAUAAAUCAACUUAUUUGCCUAGCAAAAAUUGCAGCUGGUCGUUAAAAUAAAGGCCAUUGUCUAUAACAAAGAGGUUAAUUGAUUGCAACUGUUUCUGCUUUCCUAUACAUUUGGUUUCUGUUCCUGGGUGACAACUUUGUGACCAUGGAAAUGCAGAACUCUCUCAUGAUGUGUAAUGGGGGAGUCUGUCGCCCCAUAAAGAUGGUGAGUCCCAGCAGCCCCAGACACUGUGCCUUCUGCUUGCUUUCUUUUUAGUGCGGAGGUUUUCGGUCUCUACUCUCUAAUUCCCUGCUGUCUGUAUUAAUUUGCAUAGACCAGCUGUAGUUUUGUAUGACCUGUAUUGAUUUGUACACCAUGGUUUCAGGAUGCAAGCACAGCACAUACCAUAUUUUAAUACACUAUUCCAUCAGACUGCAGUCUCCUUAAACUGUUCAGUUUCAAUGUGUUUUUAAUAAGAACUUUGUAUCUAAGCCUGUUUGCUUUUUCUCUCCCACUCCAUCUCUUUUCCUUUUGUGCCUGGUCUUUUAGCAUGUAAACCUUAGGGCAGGGACUGUGGGGGGGGGAUAUGGUGAUGGGCAUUUUUAUACACCCCAAAACUGCUUGCUAUGUCAGCCCUACAUGAGACUUGCUGACUUAUUUUGGUAUAUUAUUUCAGUAAAUAUUAUUCAAGAUGGCAGCUGGUGGUAUUUCAGUUAUUCCAUUGCAGGAUUUUAUUUUAUUUUGUCCUACUACUGAAACUCGGAUCUGUGAUAGGCAACCACUUCCCCACUUCCUCAGGAUGUUCCCCCCUCCCCUACUGUUCUGAUUCAGAUAGGGCUCUUUGUUAGCAUGGAUUGCCAUGACUAUAUGUUGCCAGAUAUUUGACAUCUGCAGAAGAACUUUAUAAGGCUCGAACACAUACCUGGAAGGAGGGGAUGGCGGGCUAGAUGAUGGAACUGACCUAAAACAACUGGUAUACCUUUAUUUUGGCACUACAUUAUUUCCUGCAGGAACCACGUCUAUUAUUUGUCCACUACAGCAGGGUAUUUAACGGGCACAAUGGAAGCAGUGAGAGUCUAAGCUAAGGAAUGGCCAACCUAUGGGCUUCCGGUUGUUGUUGAACUUACAAUUCCCAUCAAACCUGAUGGUUGGGGAUGAGGGAGAUGUAGUCCAACAACUUCUGGAGGGUCACAGCUUAGCCACCCUUCAUCUAAGUAAAGUAUAGAUAGCAACUUCUACGUUAACUGUGAUGCCUCCAUUGGACUUGCUACCCUGCAAAGACAUCACAGAGAGGGUGGGCAGAUAAUGAUGAGGAAUAGAAAGAGCUCAAAAAAAUGGAAGAGUCUAAGCCCGGGAAAGGUCUUAGUGGAUUGGUGGCUGAGAACCUGGGACUGCAAAAGGAGUCUGACCUGAGAUAGGGUCCCAGCGGAUUGGAAGUUGGAGCUCUGAAGUUCUGAUUCCAUAGGAAAGAACACCAGCCUCACCCUCUCCCAAAGCCAUGCCCAUUCCUUUGUUAUAUAACAUUCCAGUGCCUGGAUAAAUAUAGUUCUUGUCAUUUUU